CGCCGCGGCGCAAUCGCCGCACGACCGUAUUAUAGGUACCCGUCGAGUCGCGCGUCAUUCUCGUGCAGCAGUGCACAUUGACCGGAUCUCGUCGUCGUAAUCGUCGUCGUCGUCGUAGUUCUCGUCGUUCGCCGCUUGAUUUCCGGGAGGAAAAGGAAACCAACUCACCAAAACACAUACAACAUAAAUAACAAUAGUACACAAAAUACAAUACCGCCGCCGCCGCCGCAGUAAAUACUAAAUAUAGUCGUCAAAUAAAAUUUGAAUUUUUUCCUCUCAGUCUCGACGUCGCCCGCGAAGUAUAUAACACACACAAAUCAUACACGUACUUGGAGUAACGUAAAUCGCGCAGCAAAUAUCGUUGUGCAACGAACCGACCGACCCCGACCAGAGACACGUGCAAGUAUACCACGGUCGCACGCGAGUGUCCGGUGACCUGAGUGCACGCCCGCUGCAUCAGGACAACAGAGUCGGAGGAGACAUACAAUAUUUUACAUCCAUACUGUCGACGACGACCGGUGAAAAGCGAUACGCGAAUCAUGUCGUCACCGAACAAUGCAUGGGUGACAUUGGCCACAAACGAUUCCUAUUCCUUGGGAGCAUUAGUCCUGGCGCAUUCGUUGAAAACCGUUGGAACUGUGCACAAGUUGGCCAUACUAAUUACACCCGGUGUAACGGCGCCUAUGAAACAACAAAUCGAAGCUGUAUUCGAUGAAGUCAAAGUAGUGGACGUAUUGGAUUCUAAGGAUCAAACACAUUUGGCCCUGAUGUGUCGCCCCGAACUCGGAGUGACUUUCACCAAACUUCAUUGCUGGACGUUUACCAAUUACGAUAAAUGCGUGUUCCUCGACGCAGACACAUUGGUGUUGCAAAACUGUGAUGAACUAUUUGAACGUGAAGAAUUAUCGGCUGCUCCGGAUCCAGGAUGGCCAGAUUGCUUCAACUCUGGUGUGUUUGUGUACAAACCUUCUCAGGACACAUUUGGCCAGUUAUUAGAAUUUGCAAGGACCAGAGGAUCUUUCGAUGGUGGAGACCAAGGACUGUUAAAUAUGUUUUUCAAAGAAUGGUCUAACACUGAUAUUUCAAAACAUUUAUCGUUUACAUAUAAUGUAGUUUGGUCGUCUACGUAUUCAUAUUUACCGGCACUAAAACAGUUUGGCCAAAAUAUGAAGAUCGUUCACUUUAUAUCUUCCAGUAAACCCUGGCUUCAGUCGUUUAAUACCGAAACUAGACUUGUAACCUCAAAACACGGAGGAUCUGGAUUACAAGAACUAUUGCAACUUUGGUGGGAUUUGUUCUGUCGUCAUGUCCAUCCUGGACUGUCCACCGAAAUGAUAGAAAGUCGCCUCAGUAGCCGUUAUUCCUAUGAUUUUCAUCCCGAAUCCCAUAAUAAAAAUAAUACGUCUGAUAAUUAUACUCCUCAUAAUAUAAAUAAUUAUACUCCUGAUAAUAAUUAUACUUCUGAUAGUAAUUAUACUUCUGAUAGUACUUCAAAUAAUAAUUAUAUUCCUACUUAUGAACCUCCAAAAGAGGAUCAUUAUGAUUUCACUGACCCCUGGGAUGUGUAUUUGGUUGAAAAAAAUGAGCAAACAAACUAUGAAGUUGAAAAGGAAUAUGUUAGUGGUGAUAAAAAUUUGGUGGAAGAAUGUUCGAAUAAUCAUUGUGAACAGGAAGUGGAAAAUUAUUAUUGUAUAAAUAACUUUGAUACGGAAGAGCAAACAAGAGACUGUAGUUUUCAGAAUAAUCUAGUGGAAGAAUGUAAUAAAUUUGGAAAUUAUGAGCAGAAUAAUGAACAUGUUGAAGAAGUAAGAGAAUUCAAUGAGCAAAAGCAACUGCCAGAGCCAGAUCGGUCAAUAAGUGAAACACAAAAUCUAGCAUGUUCUGAUGAUAUUCCCAAUAACCCCUUCUCCGGUUUGAGUGUUAAUAACUGUCGUCCUGAUUCUCCGACACAUUGCGAGGUACCUAAGGACCAGAUUUGUCAUAUAGAUGGAGGUUUGGCUGGACAAUUCGCCAGGGUUCCACUGGGUGAAAAAACCCCUGACCAAAAAGCAUUAGAAGAUUUUCUGCGACGACAAUCUUGGGAACAAGGAAACAUGGAUUAUUUAGGCAGAGACAGCUUCUCUAAUAUAUGGUCCAAGAUCAAUGAAACACUUGGAAAUGUUCCAGAAGUUAGUAUUGAGGCCGUUGCUGUAACAAAACCUACACCACCAGAAGUUGUGCAUACUGAAGAACCAAGGCCAUUAAAAUCUGCUUUGAAAAAAACGUCAACUACUAUUCCACCAGUGAGUUCUGAACUUGAAGUCGAUAGUAGUGAUCUGGCUAUUAAACAAUUGGAAAAGCUCGAUCUAUCCAAAGAUAUUUUGAAAGAGUUGAAGACACCCGAUACUCCUACUGUCACUGCACCAACACCUCCGACCACACCCGCUACCCAAGCUCAAGAAUUAGUAAAACCAGUGCCUGUGGAAUCUGUAAAAGAAAUAAUAAAAUCUGAUGAUAUUAUUAAAGAGUCUCAACAGCCAGCAGAGUUAGAAUCGACAAAAUCAGAAUCCACAGAACUUGUACAAGAACUGCCAGCAUCUGAAGCGUGUACUUUAAAAUCAGUAGAGCAAGAAUUGCCCAAACCGGAACUAGUGGAACCUGUAAAGGAAACAACGACUUCUGAUGCGAGUACAGAGUCAGAAGAGUCCUCAAAACUUGAAGAAAAUUCGCCUAAAUCCGAUUCACCAGCACCCAAAACGGAUGAGCCAGUGAAGAACGUAUCUCAAACUUCUGAAAUAGUUCAAGCCUCUCAAAUUUCUGUUGAUAAUUCCACACCGUUAGUCCCAAACGAUCCACCAGUAGCCCCGAAACGUACUAAUAAAGGAUCGCCAAGUGUGUCUAAAAACACUAAAUCUUCUGAGAAAAAAUAAGAACUAAGAAGCAAUAUUAUAAUCAAGCCAUAUAUUAUUAUGUACACGUUUUGUUUUGUUCCUCAGAGUAAUAUAGUUUUAUUGAUUUUCUUUUUUAUUAACAAAAUAGGCUAAGCUAAUUAAUGGACAAUCAGAGCCAAUAAUUGUUUUUAGGCUAAUUUCUUGCACACUUUAAUUCUUAUUUAUAUGCGAUAUUUUCAUUAAAAUAUUUGAUUAAACCAAUUCACGUUAAAUAAUAAUUAACUAUUUGAAUAUUAUAAUAUUUUAAUAGAUGAAUGGAUUCGUAUUUUUAAAAUAUGUGAAUACUUCAGUUAUUAUAUAUCAAUGUUUGGUUGCCUAUCCAUGUUAUUUUCAAGGAAAAAAUAAAUACAUAUAUUGUUGUAA